GGUGGCGGCCGGCUGAGCCCGGAGGCGAGGCAGGGCGGGCGGGGUGGUUUCCAUGUGUUGGCCCCGGGCUUAGUGGAGUCGGACCCGGGGCGUUUCUGUCUUUCUCUCCGGGGUUCGGUCGGGGCGGCGAGGGGCUGAAAGAUGGAGACUGUCAGUCGAAGCAGCUUCCAGCCGCAUCCCGGGCUGCAGAAGACCUUGGAACAGUUUCAUCUGAGCUCCAUGAGCUCCCUGGGUGGCCCGGCCGCCUUCUCCGCCCGCUGGGCGCAGGAGAUGUACAAGAAGGACAAUGGCAAAGACCCGGCGGAGCCCGUCCUCCACCUGCCCCCCAUCCAGCCCCCGCCCGUCAUGCCGGGCCCCUUCUUCAUGCCGUCGGACCGGUCCACGGAGCGGUGCGAGACCAUCCUGGAAGGGGAGACCAUCUCCUGCUUCGUGGUGGGCGGGGAGAAGCGGCUCUGCCUGCCCCAGAUCCUGAACUCCGUGCUCAGGGACUUCUCCCUGCAGCAGAUCAACUCGGUGUGCGACGAGCUGCACAUCUACUGCUCCCGGUGCACGGCCGACCAGCUGGAGAUCCUGAAAGUCAUGGGCAUCCUGCCCUUCUCGGCCCCCUCCUGCGGGCUCAUCACCAAGACGGACGCCGAGAGGCUCUGCAACGCCUUGCUCUACGGGGGCACCUACCCGCCCCACUGCAAGAAGGAGUUCUCCAGCACCAUCGAGCUGGAGCUCACCGAGAGGAGCUUCAAGGUGUACCACGAGUGCUUCGGGAAGUGCAAGGGACUCCUCGUGCCGGAGCUGUACACCAACCCCAGCGCUGCCUGCAUCCAGUGCUUGGACUGCAGGCUCAUGUACCCGCCUCACAAAUUUGUGGUCCACUCGCAUAAAUCCUUGGAGAACAGGACUUGCCACUGGGGCUUUGACUCGGCGAACUGGAGGUCCUAUAUCCUCCUCAGCCAGGAUUAUACCGGGAAAGAGGAGAAAGCAAGGCUGGGCCGGUUCUUGGAUGAAAUGAAGGAGAAAUUUGACUACAGCAACAAAUACAAGAGAAAAGCACCCAGGAUCCCUUCAGAUCCUCCUGCUUCCAAAAAGCCCAAAACUGAUGACUCUGCUUCCCAGUCUCCAACUUCUGCCGAGAAGGAAAAGCAGUCCAGUUGGUUACGAUCCUUGUCUGGUUCAUCCAAUAAGAGUAUUGGUUGCGUCCAUCCCCGUCAGCGCCUCUCUGCUUUCCGGCCUUGGUCCCCUGCUGUUUCAGCAAACGAGAAAGAUCUCUCGACACAUCUUCCCAUACUGAUCCGAGACAGUUUUUACUCCUACAAAAGUUUUGAGAAUGCUGUGGCCCCCAACGUGGCUCUUGCACCUCCUGCUCAGCAGAAGAUUAUAAGCAAUUCCCCAUGUGCCACAGUGGCGUCACGGAGCAGUGAGCCAAUGAGCAGCCCGGUCCAGCCACGGAAAAGGAAGCUGACUGCAGACAACCCAGCAGUCCCGGACACAGUGACCACCGUCACUGCUACCGAAGAGGACAAAGAGUCAGAAGCAGAGAUUGAAGUAGAAACCCGGGAGGAAUGUAAGUUCACCUCGUCCCUGUCUUCGCUCUCCUCCCCAUCCUUUACUUCAUCCAGUUCUGCGAAGGACAUGAGCUCACCUGGCAUGCAAACCAUGGCCACUGUCAGCAACUCCUUUGACGUUGCCACCCAUGCUGAGUCUCACAGCAGCGGAUUGGAAGCUGAACUGGAGCAUCUAAGGCAGGCCCUGGACAGUGGCCUGGAUACUAAAGAAGCCAAAGAGAAAUUCCUCCAUGAAGUGGUUAAAAUGAGAGUGAAGCAGGAGGAGAAGCUAAAUGCUGCCUUGCAGGCUAAACGAAGCCUGCACCAGGAGCUGGAGUUCCUGCGCGUGGCUAAGAAGGAGAAGCUGAGAGAGGCAACCGAGGCAAAGCGCAACUUGAGGAAAGAGAUUGAACGUCUUAGAGCUGAGAACGAGAAGAAGAUGAAAGAAGCCAAUGAGUCGCGGAUACGACUAAAGCGGGAACUGGAGCAAGCCAGGCAGAUCCGGGUGUGUGACAAAGGAUGUGAAGCAGGCAGGCUGCGGGCCAAGUACUCUGCCCAGAUUGAGGACCUACAGGUUAAGCUUCAGCAUGCCGAGGCUGACAGGGAACAGCUCCGAGCUGACCUGCUGCAUGAGAGGGAGGCUCGGGAACACUUGGAAAAAGUGGUCAAGGAACUUCAGGAACAACUGUGGCCUAAAUCAAGCAAUCAUCCCAGCAGUGAGAACACAGCAAACGAUAUUGAGAACUAACAUCUAAUCUAUAAACAGAAUGACAUAUAUGCACAGUAAGGGAGGAUGUGUGGGGUGUGUGUGUACGUGCAUGUGUGAGUGGGUGUGUGUUGCGCUGCACACAUCUAUAAAUAUGGACUUUAUUAGUAGUUGGAGGGCAAAUGUUACUCUUUACAACAGAAGCACUGACUUACGCCUCUUUUUUCAAUCCAUAUAGCACAACAUCUUACUGUGCCUAUACCACACAGAGUGUUUAUAAACUAAAUACUUUUGAGUCCACUGCAAAUUUUCUACUGGCAAACUUCAAGCAAGCAACAUCGUCCAACUCGAACCAGAGUAUAAGGCAAGCAACCAUGGCAGUGCUGUGAUGUUGUUCUUGUGCUUGCUGGAACACUUUGGAAUGUCAAACAAAAACAAAAAAACCCAACAAACUUUUUGUUAUAAGCUAUUUAAAAUGAUUACAUUAUACAGACUUGGUAUUAAAACAAUUAAGAUUUUUUUUUUAAAAUAAGGAACCUUUAAAAGCAAAACAAACGAAUUAAAAAAAAAAACCAACCCUUGAUGCACAAUUUUUAAGUGACUUGUUACAGGCUUUGGGAUUCUUAUUGUAGAAGCCCUCUGGUGAUGUUCCCAUUUCAUCAGCAAUUUUCAACCCCUUAGGAAGCCAUCACAGUUUUAACACUGUCAUGUGGUUCUAUGAGAAUUUCAGAGUGCUUUUCAAAGUUGAUUUUUUUUCUUAGUAUGAACGAUCCUCGUUUUCCUCUACUAAACCCAGGAAGAAAGGAGGAUGGAGGGGAGUGCAUGUGUGGGGAGAGUGUAUGCUAGAGAGAGAUAAAUUCAGCCUUAUUGACUUCAGUGUUUGUAAAUCACGCCAUAAUUUUUAAAGAUAUCGGUCAUUAACUGAUGUGUUCAAAAGACUCACUUCAUCCAAGAGCACUUCAGUUUUAGGAAAAGAAUGGAAGAAGAAAGAAAGUGAAUGAACUUAAGUUGGUUGAAAGAUAAGCAAAAAAAAAAAAAAGACAUGCAUUUUGAAGUCAUUCUGAAAUCUUUACUUCAGUUUUCCAGAGAACUCAUCUUUGUUACACAAUCUUUUCAUAAAUUCAGUAUUGAUUUACCUACUCGGCAUCGUCUGUCAGGAUUACUGUGCCCGAGGACAGUGCAACACCAGAUACUACAGAAAACUAAGAAUGACACUUUUGCUGCUGUGAAUAAGGCUACAUCUUUUAUUUUUUUUAAAUAAUAGAAAUUACUUUAAUUUUGGGAUCCAAGCCGCAGCCCUGGAAUAAAAAUGCAGCAUUACAUCACUUUGUCUUUUUUUAUUAUUAUUUUAAUUUUUUUUUUUUUUUUAAAAGAACUGCACUUUGUCAAAAUCUUCCUCUGCAUUUUAUUCCACAGUUGUACAGUUUACAGGUUAAUUAUUCUAGGUUGAACCGUGCUUUAAAGACUUCAAAACAUCCGCCCGAUUCUCCACAGCCUGGCACCUCGUGUCAUCAUUCACACCCAGGCAAAGUGACUGCAGACCAGGGAUCGAGCUACCAAAUCAGGAUUUUCCAUAUACAUAUGCUAGUAGCAGUAUUUUAUAUUCGCUUUGCAUGGUUGUACAUAUCGACAAAGUGGAAGGAUGUGGAGAUUUGGGCUUUCCCCAUGUGUUUAUUAUAGAUAUAUAUAUAUGCAGUGCUUUAUUGAACAAGGGAAAUCGUUUAAUAAAAAACACACAUAUCUCAAUGUGCACCCAAGUUUAAAGGCAUAAGGUAAAAAUUGGACCUGGGGCUGCUGAUGUGCCUUCCGGCUAAUUAUUCCUUUCAGCAUCUUGUAAAGGAAAUGUUGACUUUUUUUCCCAACUUAAAAAAAAAAAAAAAAAAAGUAACCUGUGCAUCAUUAUAAACAGAAGUUAUUCUCAGUGAAGCACAUUCCUAGUAAUCUUUAUUUUCUUUUUGGACAUUUAUGCAAACUGUGUAAGCUUGAAAAUUAUUUCCCAGUAGACAAAAAGCGGCUGCCAAUCCUAAAAUUAUAGUAUUUACUUACAGUGCAUUAGAGAGAAAUAAAAGAUUUUUUAAUUUUUUUUAAACAAGAGCUGUUUGCUUGAAUCCAUUAUAAUAACCAUUGUAACUGUGAGCAUUAACGGGAAGUAAAGUUCAUAUAUGUUUUAGGUACAAGGAAAGAAGGUAUAUGAAAGGAAUCAAAUUAUGGGGACAAUGCAGAACUGUGGGGAGCAAACAAAUUGUUAUACCAAGUAAAUUACGUGAAAUGAAAAUUCUGUUUAAACAGGGGAUUUUGCCCUUGUGUGUUUGGGAUGGUGAAGAUUGAAUUAAGGUGGAAAUCUCCUCUUCUAAAGUGCAAUGCAAAAGGAACAUUGUUUAUGCAGGGGUAUUUUUUAUGUGGUUUUUUUUUGUUUGUUUGUUUGUUUGCUUCUUUGUACUUUUUUCUGCAAUUAUUAAAAAAAUCAUAUGCAUGGAAUUAAAA